GGGAGAGGUUCUGUCUCGCUCGCCUUCCUUUCUCUUACCCUUUUUGUCUUCUUUCUUUCUCUCUCUUCUGGUCCUUUUUCUCUCACAUCCGGUGGCCUGUCUGGCAGCUCUGGGUCUGUCAUCAUCGUACCACCUCAGUGCUGUGCAAGCCUCAACAAGGACCAUGCAUGCUUCCUCUCUUUUUCUUCUUCUUCUCCUCCCUCCCUCCUCACCCACGAAGGAUAUGGGAGACCACCAGUUAUUUCCAUCUAAGAGAGAGCCUGAUCCAGACUAAUGAAAUCUCCAGAUGCUGGCAAUCUUGGCGUAAACUAACUGUAAUCAGGCUUGAAUUGGCGUAAGCUAGUACAUCGGUUGACAUGUUGGUAUAUUGUAGAGUAGAAUUUGUACAGAGUUUGAUGUUGUAAUGUAGUAGUAUUGCGUAAUAGCUGAAACCCAGUUAGGAAAUCAACUAAGUGACAGUCUGUCAUUUUUUUGGAUGAGAUCUGUUGCACUUGACUUUUAGUUUGUUCUUGUGCUUGCCCCAGCUUCAUCUGUCUGGACUUGACUCCUGGCUCUGUCUGUCUCAGUCGUGGGAAAGACUGAAAUUACAUCGCUCUCAUGGUGGACUAUAUUGGGCUCUCAGAAAGAGUGGUAGAGGGCUUCAGGCGGCAGGUUGCAGACAGCUCUGUUAGAUCAGGAGUCCCCCAGCAGCAGACAGCUCUGAAGCUGUCCAGUCCACAGAGCAACACUGCUUCACCGUUACCGUUUAACGGGAGCUAGGAGCAGAAGAAUGUUGUGCGCCACAUCAACAGAUCUGGAGCCUGACGACAAUACGUCGUUCUACAUCCUCAAUGUGGGCCAGCAGUCCGUGGUCAACAACCAGUCUAUGGGUCAGUCUCGCAAUGGCAGCAUGCAGCCUCACUCCCACUCCCAAGUCAUCAGCUCCUCCCCCCAUCAGCGCCUGCAGUCCCACAAAGUGUACGACCCCAUUUAUGAGGUCCAGGACAAUGUCAACAAAAACAAAUCCAGCCCUGCAGGUGGGGGUGGGGGGCCUCCCAAAGCCUUUGAGUGUCCUAGCAUCCAGAUCACCUCUAUCUCCCCCAGCUGUCAGCAGGAGAUGGACGCUAACGAGGACAAUCUUAGAGGUAAUGAUGGGGACUACCACCAUGGGGACCGGCCCCUGUCCAGGGACCACCUGUACCUGCCCUUAGACCACUCAUACCGGGACUCAACUCUCAGCCCGUCCCCCUGCAGCUCCCUGUCCUCCAGGAGCUGGUUCUCAGACGCCUCGUCCUGCGAGUCCUUCUCCCACGAGUACGAUGACGUGGACUCUGAGCUGAACGAAGCGGCCGCAAGGUUUACCCUGGGGUCUCCCCGCACCUCCCCUGGCUGCUCCCCUCACCCUGGGGUCCUGGAGGAGGGUCUGUGGGUUGGGCAUCAGCACCACCACCCUGCCUUUCACUCCUCCCACUCCCUGUCCCCCCGAGUCUCCCCCUGCCACUCCCCACGCACCUCCGUCACCGACGAGAACUGGCUGAGCCCCCGGCCGUCGUCCCGCCCCUCCUCACGCCCCACCUCACCCUGCGGGAAGAGACGCCACUCCAGCGCAGACAUCUGCUACCCAAUGGGCUCCGUGUCCCCACACCACUCCCCGAUCCCCACCCCCGAGCCGUCCCCAAGGGGCAGCGUGACAGAGGACACCUGGAUAGGAAGCCCCUCCAUGGGCAUGUUCCAGUGCUGCCCUUCCGAGGCAGACAUCCCCUCCAAGACUAGGAAGACUUCCCAGGACCGGACAUGCUCCAUGGGGGGGAAGGGGGACCUGGGCCUGGACGACUCUGGGAACGGGUCCCCCCUCAUGGACUCUCCCUCGGAAGACACCUUGCACUCCCUGAAGAAGGACGGGCCAGGGGAACAGUUUCUCUCAGUGCCCUCACAUUUCACAUGGAACAAACCCAAACCAGGACACACACCCAUCUUCAGGACCUCUUCCCUACCCCCUCUGGACUGGCCCCUGCCCCAGCUGUUUGGCCAGUACGAGCUGAAGGUUGAGGUGCACCCCAAGGCCCACCACCGAGCACACUACGAGACGGAGGGAAGCAGAGGGGCGAUCAAAGCUGCAUCAGGCGGUCAUCCUGUUGUCAAGCUGAUGGGCUACAACGAGAAGCCUGUCAACCUACAGAUGUUCAUCGGCACGGCAGACGACCGCUACCUCAGACCUCACGCCUUCUACCAGGUGCAUCGGAUCACUGGGAAAACGGUGGCCACCGCCAGCCAGGAGAUCAUCAUUUCCAGCACCAAAGUUCUCGAGAUUCCUCUGCUUCCCGAAAACAAUAUGUCUGCCAGCUCCCCUCCCUAUCUCUCUUGCAGUAUUGACUGUGCUGGCAUUCUGAAGCUGCGCAACUCAGACAUUGAGCUGCGGAAGGGGGAGACUGAUAUCGGGCGGAAGAACACGCGUGUGCGAGUGGUGUUUCGUGUUCACAUUCCCCAGCCCAAUGGGAAGGUUCUCUCUCUACAGGCUGCAUCCAUCCCUGUGGAGUGUUCCCAGCGUUCGGCCCAGGAGCUUCCCCAGGUAGAGAAGGCCAGUCUGACCGGCUGUCUGGUCAGCGGGGGAGAGGAGAUGGUCAUCACAGGAUCCAACUUCUUCCCCGAAUCAAAGGUCAUAUUCCUGGAGAAGGGCCCUGAUGGACGACCCCAGUGGGAAGUGGAGGCCAAAAUCAUCCGUGAGAAAAGUCAAGGAUCGAGCGUCGUAGUGGAGGUUCCUCCCUACCACAGUAAGACCGUGACCUCGGCUGUUCAGGUGCAGUUCUACGUGUGUAACGGCAAACGGAAAAGGAGCCAAUCACAACGCUUCACUUACCUGUCAGUCCUGGUGAAGCAGGAGCACAACAGAGAAGAGAUGGAAGGGCCCCCUGCUGUGCCCCCCAUGCCCGGUAUGUCCAUGCCCCUGGCCCAUGCUGCCAGCCUGGUCCGCAGUACCCACACCCAGCUGCCUUCCCCUGAGCAGGGCCACCCACCGGACGGCCUUCUGUCCAGCUCUCCCCGGGGCCUGGCUGCGGGCCCCGGCUCCAGCCUCCAUACUCUGCAGCCUGCCUGCCCCCUCAUGGGCUCCCCCUCCUUCCAGCACCUGCCUCACCUCCAGGGCCGAGGCCUCCACACGCCUGCUGACUGCCACAUGACGUUCCAUCCGGGCCCAGCCCCUCUCAACAGGCCCUCCUACCAACACCAUCCUAUGCAGCAGAAUCACACCCACCCCGGCCACCUAAGCAACCUAAAUCCCAACCUGCCCUACAAUGGCCAGCCCAGCCUUUCCAUGAACAUGAACACUGGGGCUCCGCAGAGCUAUGAGAGGAUGCCUUACCACCACCAGCAGUCUGACCCCGGGGCCUCCCACCCCCACCCCAUGGGGCUGAGUAUGGUGUACCACUCCUCCCCAUCCACCUCCGCCCAGCAGGUCUCCAGCCCCCACAGCCCCAUCUCCACGGCCCCCCACAGCCAGCCCAUGACCCACUCCUCUCACUCUGCCCCUCACCUGCUCUCCAUGGGCUACCAUUGCCCCCCCAACCCCAGCCAGGUGCCCUCGCCCACCCGCCCCAACCACCCCAUGGGCCAGCCCUCACCCACCCUCACCAACCAUCCGAUACAGCCCUCCCCCCAGGUGCAGAGAGCUAUGGGGGGCUACCACCCCACCAGCCAGAGGUCUGCCUCCUGUCCCACUACCUCCAGUGCCCCUCCAGCCCACAUGGUUCCCUCGCCCCAUUCUGGGCCAUCCUCCCCCCAGCUCCACUCCCUGCCCUACCAGUCGCCCACCUCCCCCACCGGCAGCCCUCUGGGCCCCCCAGCACACAGUCCCCAGGCCAGCAGCCCUGUCAUGUCCAGCCUGUCCCCAGGCUUGUGCAGCAGCAACCCCGUGCAGCUGCACCCCCUUGCCUCCCAGCAGAGCCCCUUCCCUACGGAGGGGGAGAGUGUGAACAUCAAGCAGGAGCCGGAGGAGAGAGAGCCCACCUUCAGAACCAUCGGCCUGCAGGACAUCACACUGGACGACGUGAAUGAGAUCAUCGGCAGAGACAUGUCCCAGUCCCCUGGUGGCGGUGCCCAGUCGUAGCGCUGUCCGUGGCCAGGCCUCCACACACCCAGCUGGGCAUAGCAGUGUCCUCACCAGCCCCAACACCACCACCUCCACCACAGGACUUUACCUGCCUCUAGGCAGGACAGACUGGGCUGAGAUUCCCCUUUACACUUCAUGGACCUACCAGUCCACAAAAAGACCCUCAAGACACACAUGAACAAACCUUUCAUAACAGCAAAAGAGCUCAGAUUCACCCACCUACACAUGUACAGUGGGGCAAAAAAGUAUUUAAUCAGCCACCAAUUGUGCAAGUUCCCCCACUUAAAAAGAUGAGAGAGGCCUGUAAUUUUCAUCAUAGGUAGACUUCAACUAUGACAG